AUGCUUAUUUUGAUGAUCAUGGAUCGACCAGAUUCGACCAGAUUCUAAAAAAAUGAAUUAAAAGCUUUAAUAGAAUUGCAUGAAAUUUAAAAAUAUGCUACAAGAGAUGGUCGUGGUACUUAGGAUUCACUCAAGUAGAAUCUAAUAUGA